GCUGUUCAACACGACACUUCAGAGGCAGACAAAGACAGAUGUACAAACACUGAGCAGUCAGUGAAGGACGAUGGCAUCCAUUAAACAACUGCUUUAUGACACACUGGAUGAGCUGGAAGAAGAACAUUUGAAGAGAUUUAAGAGCUUCUUAAGAGAAGAUGGACCUAUUCCGGCUUCUGUACUGGAGAAGGCUAAUGCAACAGACACAGUGGAUCAGAUGCUGGAUCGUUUUGGACCAGAAGGAGCUGUGAAGAUCACACUGGAUAUCCUGAAAAAGAUUAACCAGAACAAUCUUGCUGAACAGUUAGAGAACAAACACAAGGAAGUCAAGAUCAUCAGCUGUGCUCAGACUGGAUCUGAUCUGAAUACUGAAACAGCCUUUUUAACAGAGGAUUUAAUGCUGCAGAAAUUCUUGCAAAUUCACAAAAACAACAUGAAGAAGAAAGCAAAGUAUAUUUUUGAGGGCAACAACGAAAAUGACGCAGAUCUCGAGACUGUUUACACAGAGCUGUUCAUCACAGAGGGAGAGAUGAAAGAUGUCAAUCACAAACAUGAGAUUAUGAAGAUUGAUGAUGCUUUCAAGAACAAAAAAACACAGGACAAACCAAUCAAAUGCAAUGAUAUAUUUACUGAACUGAGGAAAAACAAUGAGGAGAAGAUUGUGCUGACCAAGGGAGUCGCUGGCAUCGGAAAAACUGUCUCUGUGCAAAAAUUCAUCCUGGACUGGGCAGAAGGAAACACCAAUCAGGAUAUAGUCUGUGUGUUCCUGCUUCCAUUCAGAGAGAUCAACAUGAUUAAAGACAGAGAGGUCAAUCUCCAUGAGUUUCUGCUGAAAUUCUAUCCUGAAUUGAAGGACCUGGAGAAAUCAAAGUUAUAUAAGGAAUGUAAGCUAGUGUUUAUAUUUGAUGGACUUGAUGAGAGUCGCCUGCUUUUGAACUUUAAAAGCAAAACACUGGACACUGUUGAGGAAAGAUCAUCUGUAGAUGUGCUGUUCACAAGUCUGAUCAAAGGUAAACUGCUUCCAUCAGCUCUUGUGUGGGUGACCUCACGACCAGCAGCAGCCAAUCAGAUCCCUCCUCGGUAUGUGGGUUUGUUCACAGAAGUGCGAGGAUUCACUGACCAACAGAAGGAGCAGUACUUCAGAAAGAGAAUCACAGAUGAGACUCAAGCCUCCAGAAUCAUCUCACACAUUAAGACGUCUCGUAGUCUCUACAUCAUGUGCCACAUUCCUGUGUUCUGCUGGAUCGCAGUCACAGUACUUCAGGAUAUUCUCAUUGAGAACAAUGCAGAGAACAUCAGCACAACACUCACUGAAAUGUACAUUCACUUCCUGCUGAUACAGAUGAACAUGAAGAACCAAAAGUACGAUGAACAAGAAGAAACAGAACGUACAGAGCACCUACAAUUAAAUCGAGAGAUGAUUUUGAAGUUAGCUAAGCUAGCGUUUGAACAGUUGAAGCAGGAAAACAUUGUGUUCUCUGAGAAAGAUCUGAAAGAAUGUGGUAUUGAUGUGAGUAAAUACACUGAGUUCACAGGAAUGAUCGUUGAGAUCUUUAAAAAGGAAAAUGGACUUUAUAAGACAAAGGUCUUCUGCUUUGUGCAUCUGAGUGUUCAAGAGUUUUUCGCUGCAGUGCAUGUGUUCAUCUGUUACCUGAACAAGAACAUGCAGGAGCUUCAGUUUUUCUUUGAAGAUUCAGAAGCUACAGCCAGACAAAAGUUUCACUUCUUCUUUAGAAAUGUCAAAUUUCAUGACUUAAUAAAGAGGGCCACUGAUAAAGCCAUGGAGAGUGAGAGAGGACAUCUGGAUCUGUUUCUGCGGUUUCUGAUGGGCAUUUCACUGGAAUCCAGUCAGAACCUGCUCAAAGGCCUGAUAAAACACACACAAGACACCAGUGUGAGCAUCCGAAAAAUAAGUGCACACAUUAAACGAUUACAAAAACAGGACAUCUCGGAUGAAGCUUCAGUCAACCUAUUCUACUGCUUACUUGAGCUGAAAGAUCAUUCAUUAUAUGAGGAAAUCCAGAGUUACCUCAGUUCAGAUGAACAUCCAGGAAGAGACCUCUCAUCUUCAAUGUGCACAGUGCUGACCUACAUACUGCUGAUGUCAGAGAAGGUGCUGGAUGAGUUCAACCCAAAGAGGUUCACGUCACCUUCAAACUACACAAGACUUGUCCCAGCUGUGAGAUGCUGCAGAAAAGUCAUAUUUGACGGCUGUGGUCUUGAUGAAGCAUGCUGUGAAACUGUGUCUUCUGCUCUACAAUCAUCAAACUCUCAUCUGAGAGAGCUGGACCUGAGUAACAAUCACCUGCAGGAUUCAGGAGUGAAGCUGCUUUCUGAUGGACUGAAGAGUUCACAUAGUCGACUGAACAUACUGAGGCUAUGUGGAUGUAAUCUCACUGCUCAGUCAUGUGAGAGUUUGUCUUCAGCUCUACAAUCCUCAAAUUCCCAUCUAAAUGUGCUGGACCUGAGUAACAAUGACCUGCAGGAUUCAGGAGUGAAGCUGCUUUCUGAAGGUCUGAAGAGUCCAAACUCUAAGCUGGAGAUAUUGAGAUUUUUCACAUGUAAUAUCACUGCUCAGUCUUGUGAGAGUUUGUCAUCACUUUUACAAUCCUCAAACUCUGUUCUGAGAGAGCUGGACCUGAGUAACAAUAACCUGCAGGAUUCUGGAGUGAAGCUGCUUUCUGAAGGUCUGAAGAGCCCAAACUGUCAGCUGGAGAUACUGAGAUUUUCCCUCUGUAAUCUCACUGCUCAGUCUUGUGGGAGUUUGUCAUCAGCUCUACAAUCAUCAAACUCUGUCCUGAGAGAGCUGGACCUGAGUAACAAUCACCUGCAGGAUUCUGGAGUGAAGCUUCUUUCUGAAGGUCUGAAGAGUCCAAACAGUCAGCUGGAGAUACUGAGAUUUUCCAUCUGUAAUCUCACUGCUCAGUCUUGUGAGAGUUUGUCAUCACUUUUACAAUCCUCAAACUCUGUUCUGAGAGAGCUGGACCUGAGUAACAAUAACCUGCAGGAUUCUGGAGUGAAGCUGCUUUCUGAAG